AGGUUCAGACGCAACAUGCUGCAUUUUUCCUGCGUUCGGCGUUCGACGAGGUGGAGGAAGGAUAUUAAGCAGGAGAAGCCGGGCUCCACGUCGGGGAUGGAGGAUAAAGCGGAAACACAGAAACCACUUAACAUGUUCUUUGAAAGUGUCAAGUCGGAGCUCAGGAACGGAUCCUCCGAAUAUUCCGAUAUUUCUGAUUCCGAGGGAUCCGAAGACAAUUGCACUAACCAGCAGAAACACUUCUCCAAGGAAUCGGAAAGCUCAGGUGAUGAUGAUGAUGAUGAUGAGGAGCAACAGGAACCCAUUCGUAACCUUAAAGAGGAACACAGUGGGAGAAGAUUGCCCUGUGAUCCUAAUUUCCAAUGGUCUGAUGACGAUUCUCCCCAGAAAAGUGAAUGUCCUACCUCGACCAGCAUGGAGCAAGAAGCUGUACAAGGAAUGCUCUCCAUGUCUGCAUUGCACUACCCCACCGCAAAGAGCACAGACUGCAAGACUAGGGGGGGUUACCCCCAACUGCACAUCAACGUCUCCCAGGGAAACAGUGAGGAGCAUCUGGAUUCCCACAGCCCGAAAGCAGCAAGUGGUCCCCACGUGAAAGACAAAGAACUGUCCCCUCUGGACUGGAUGCGGCAACCAGAUGCUUCCUGCAGAACAAGCCCUCAGGAUUCACAAAACCUUCCGAAAUCUUUGCGUAGAGAACUUGCGCACGAGGACUACGAGAAGUCGCCGAAGGACCAGCGCUACUUAGAGAUCGGCUGUUGGGACUCCGCGGAUAAAUACGAGUUGAGCGCGAGUUCCGGCGAAUGUCACCUGAGCAACGGCAGCCUCAGUCCUACGAUGAUCUACGGGGACCCCUCGACGACCCUGCCCUUGCACCCCACAAAGAGACCCGCCUCCAACCCUCCUCCUAUCAGCAACCAGGCAACUAAAGGCAAACGGCCAAAGAAGGGCAUGGCGACGGCGAAGCAACGCCUCGGCAAAAUCUUGAAGCUCAACCGCAAUGGCCACGCCCGCUUCUUUGUCUAACACCCAGCCCCCGCAUAUUCCCGCGCAUAACAGUAUUGGGGCGACCCGAGGCCUGGAGCUUCUUCCCGUCGCCCGACUCCGCUGAACUGAAACACUCACCCCAUUAAGCAUCGCCGCAAGAACAAAGAUGUCCGCUCUUACACUGUGCCAUGCCCACUCAGCAAUAACCAGAGGACUCUGGAUUCAGGUUUCUGGUUUUCGGGGAGAGGGGCGCCCCAUUGACUCCGAUGGCUCCAUCAGCAGGGGCAGGGGAGGACUAUGGUCUUCAAUAAUUUAUUAGUCAGAUUUUUUUUUUUAAAUAUUUAUAUAAACAUUUUUUGUUUGUUUUUGUUUUUUUAGAUUUUAAGCAAUGUGAAAGUUUUUAUUUUAUUUUGUUUGGAGGUUUUAAUAUCUUAUUUGCGUGGUGUGAGGCAAAACCACAGACGUGAAGAAAGAGGGGGGUACCAUUUAACUUUUUAAUUCAGGUUGUAGUCUUAAACAGGGAUUUAAUGUGUUUUUUUGUAAUUAUUUUUAAAUUAAUACAAAAUCCAUAUUUUUAUUUUUGCUAUC